AUGGCGAUUAACACUGAAGAUAGUAGAACGACUCCAGCUGAUGCAACUGCAGCUCCGAUAAUUGACCAGCAUCAUCCUCUAUUUCUUCAACCCAGCGAUACUCCAGGUAGCUCUCUAAUUUCAGUUAAGCUCACUGGACCUGCAAAUUAUACUUUGUGGAGUAGUACUAUGCAUAUUAUGAAUUCUGUUAGUGACGAGUUAUUGAGUGACACAGUGUAUAUCUCAAGUGCUCACAAAGUGUGGAUGGAUCUCAAGGAAAUAUUUGACAAAGUCAAUGGUUCCAGAGUGUUAUUCCUACACAAACAGAUAGCUACCCUUACUCAAGGGAUUUCAUCUGUCUCUACAUACUUUUCGAAGUUGAAAGAGCUAUGGGCAGAAUUUGAUGCCCUUAUGCCUUGUCUUGGGUGUGGCUGUGAAGAAUCAAAGAAGUAUGUUGAACAUGUUGAGUAUCAAAGAUUUCUUCAAUUUCUUAUGGGCCUAAAUGAAACAUACUCUCAGUCUAGCAAUCAAAUCUUGAACAUGUCAUCAAGACCAUCUAUAAACAAAGCAUACUCUAUGAUUAUCUCUGAGGAGAGCAGAAGAGUAUUGGCUCAACCCUUACAAGUCACAAAGGUUCAUGAUGUUACAGCCCUGUUCAGCAGCAAGGGAGCUAAUUCCUUUGUAGCUCAACUCAAUAACAAAAGUAACAUUGGUCACAAUCACACCUACCUAGGAGAUGGAAUGACUCACACUGGGGCAACAACAUUGUUUAGCAACAAAAACAAUGCAGGUUCAGGCUAUAAUUUUUUUGGUGGAAACAAUCAUUCAGUCUCUAACUAUAGGUCUAGAAAGGAUAGUCUACAUUGUGACUAUUGCAAUUUUAAAGGACACACUAGAGAAAACUGCUACAAACUACAUGGCUAUCCAUCUGACUUUAAGUCAAAGAAGAAAGGUGGCUUUGGGACUGCUAACUUUGUUCAAGGUAAUACAGGAAAUUAUCCCUCUGAAACCCUUAGUAGUAGCAAUACUGGUCAAGCUGGUUCCACUGUCAACUUUGCAGGAAUCUCUCAGAUGCAACAGACUAAUCAAAGCUUUCAAGCUGGCAUCCCUCAAUUUACUCAAGAACAAUACAAUCAAAUUUUGCAGCUUCUAGGCAAGCAAACUGAAUGUAGUGGAUCAGCUAUAACAGCAUGUAUGCCUUCCUGUGCUGAUAUUACUGAAAUUUUGACUAAAUGGAUUGUAGAUUCAGGAGCUUCAAGUCACAUGGUAAAUAGAUAUAAUUUGUUGACUAAUGCCAAGGCAAUCUCUAAUGACAAGGGGAAAAGUGCAUUGCCUACUGGUAGUAUAGCUAAGAUUAGGCACAUAGGUUCUGCUUAUCUCCUAAAGGAUCUAAAUGUGUCUAAUGUGAUGCAUAUACCUGACUUCAAGUUCAACCUUCUAUCUGUAUCCAAGCUAACCAAGGAAAUGAAAUGGGUAGUUAUGUUCUUCCCUGACUUCUUUAUUUUUCAGGAGCUCUUCAGUGGACAGGUGAGGGGGAUCGACAGAGAAAAAGAUGGUCUAUAUGUGUUCAACUUUACAACAGGAGGUUCAGUUGUAUCACAAGUUUCUGCAGAAGUCAAGGAUUCAAUUCCAAGACCUAUACCUAUUAAUGUUCAUUCAGCUUCAGUCAAGUACUUUAGAUCAGAUAAUGGCUGCGAGUUCUUUAACUCACAGAUGACUGACCUAUUGCAAUCCUUAGGGAUUGUUCAUCAAAGUUCAUGUGUGUAUACUCCCCAGCAUAAUGGGGUUGCUGAAAGAAGACACAGGUAUAUCCUUGAAACAGCUAGAGCUCACAGGUUUCAAGCUGCUGUUCCACUGAGAUUUUGGGGCUCAGAUCUCUUUCCUAUACUAGACUCCUUUACAUUUCUCUCCAUUCCACCUCCAGAUAGUCCACACACUUCUAUUCCUUCUUCAAAUACUCCUUUUUCAAAUUCUCUCCCAACUACUAAAGCUUCCUCACCUGUACACUCUGAUGCAGGUUUGCCCCAAGAAGAUUGUCCUGUUUCUACUUUACCUUCUACUAAAACAAGAAAAUCAGCCAAAACAAGCAGGCCUCCUAUUUGGCUCAAAGCCUAUGUCAGUCUUGGCAAUGGGAAUAUCCAUUAUUGUUAUCCUAUCUAUGACAUGAUCACUUAUGCUAAUGUGUCUCCCUUUUUUGCCACUGCUUUGGCAGUCUACUCAGCCAUCACUGAACCUAAAACCUACAAUGAAGCUAUGAAAGACCCCAGGUGA